AUAUUGGAAACGUUUCAAUGAUAAAAAGCUGGAUUGUGAACUGGUCUACUCCGAGUUCUCUAUUAUUAAGGGAUCGAAGCCCGAAGGAAAGUAUUUAUCAAGGGAAGAGUAUCAGACCAUAAGCACUAAAAAAUAUCCUGUAUUUUGCCACAACCGGGAUAAAAUUUACGACUUAUUUCAGCGAUAUGAAAAAAUGAAAACGCUUAAUGGUGAUUAUGACUUGAUAGAUCGAACGAUAGCCAUCUUACGUUGCGCCAUGAAAAAUAUAUUCAGAGGUUCGCCCAUUCAUGAAGUAUACAUUGAUGAAUGUCAAGACAACCAGAUCGUUGAUUUUGGCCUUAUCUUGAAAAUCUUUGAUCGCGCUGAUAGCAUUUUUUUGGCCGGAGAUAUAGCACAAUGUAUAUCCAAAGGCUCUUCUUUUCGAUUUCAGGAUAUACGCGCCUUGAUGUAUAAAUGGGAACUCGAGCGAAUUCAAACUAAUAGUAUCUUUCGUAAUACUACAAAACCAAACCAAUUCGAGUUAAACGUUAACUACCGUUCUCAUAAUGGAAUCCUUCGACUUGCUGCAUCAAUAAUUGAUCUCAUUUUGGA